CCAAUCCUCGGUAUUGGGAGUGUAAUCCGUUUGCUUUCGCUAGCGUGUUUUGAUACUGUACACGGCGUCGGCACUGUGACCUGAAGGGAACCAUCCGUCGUCCUCGAACGAUUCACCUCGAGCUUUCCUCGUGAAAGUAAUUCCCGCCAUAAACAACGCUCGACGAACCCUCACUUCUCCCCUCUUCCUCCUCCCCUUUCACUCCAAUCGACGUUCCAUCCUACAUCUCUCUCUUUUUCCCUUUAGAGAACUCAUCGCAGCUCUUCCGCUCCCCGUUCUGUCGUAUCGCUUUUUGUCUCCCACAAACAUGGCUCCAAUUCGACAGAGAAAGGUUGCCAUUGUAGGAAGUCGUGCUGUCGGUAAAUCGUCUCUCACCGUUCGCUUCGUUGAGGGAACCUUCGUCGAGAACUAUUACCCCACCAUCGAGAAUACCUUUAGCCGUGUCAUCACCUAUAAAGGACAAGAUUACUCUACCGAAAUUGUCGACACGGCCGGGCAGGACGAAUAUAGUCUCUUGAACUCGAAACACUUCAUUGGAAUCCAUGGAUACAUGAUCGUCUAUUCGGUUGCUUCUAGACAGUCUUUCGAGAUGGUCAGGGUCAUCCGUGACAAGAUCCUCAAUCACCUGGGCGCUGACUGGGUUCCCCUAGUCUUGGUCGGAAACAAAUGUGACUUGCAGCCUGAGUGGCGCCAGAUUAGCAUCGAGGAAGGGAAAAAGACUGCCGAGGAGUUCAAUUGUGCCUGGACCGAAGCGAGCGCAAGAAACGACCUGAAUGUUGCAAAUGCGUUCGAAUUGAUCAUUGCUGAGAUUGAGAAGUCCCAGAACCCCAAUCAGCCAACUGGCGGAAGCAAGUGUGUUCUCAUGUAGAACAGCUUCGACAAAGGACGACUCCGUGCUCGGCAGGCGACAUGGGAAGGUGUCACUCUAGGGGAGGAAGGUCGUUUUGACCCUGCACAAGCAUGCGUAACUGUGCAUACUUGUGCGCACCAAGCAGACAUUACAUACAUGACAAUCGCGGCAGCGCAGGCGUCGACAAUUGUGCCUGUAGCCACAGGAUGCCUCCCUUUUGGCUGCCGUCUUGCGGCUUGACUUCUUUUCUACAUGCUCUACUAUUAUCUCACUUUUUUUUAUUGUGUUUCUUUCCGGGUGGCUUUCUCUGGUUCUUUUAAUGAGUGCAUGCUUCUACCUUCCUGGCACUUGGGCAACAUGAUAGACAAGCGUUAGAGCGGUACAGGUUUGUGUGGCAUGGGUUUCUUUUUUUGCCUUUGUGUAUCUUCUAUGUCAUUGUCUCUGCUUUCAUCAUCGUCUUAUUUUUGUUUUUUUUUCCUCCCUAGGGUUUAGGCUUUCCUAUUCAUCAGUGGUGGGGAUACGGAUGCUCUCUAUUCUGUGAUCUGGGGGGAGUCUUAAUGACCUGCAACGAACCAGCAAAUGUGCACACAUACAUACAAGCAUAAUAUCUAA